ACGUCAAAAUACGUGACGUCAUCGCGCUACAGUGCAGCGAGGAGUAUUUGGAAUUAUUGUGUUUGUUUGUCAUUUCCAUUCAGAGUCAGUGCUGGAGAUCAGAUUCUGUUUCAACUGUUCAGAUUCAUCAUGGCUGACACACAAACAUCCAGAGAUGAAGAUUUUUCUCCAGGAUGCAGUUUAAGUGAUUGUGGUGUCACAGAUAAAGAUUGUGCUGCUCUGACUUCAGUUCUGAGAUCAAACCCCUCAAACCUGAGACAACUGGAUCUGUCUUCUGAAAAAUUGGGGGAUUCAGGUGUAAAGCUUAUCUCUGCUGUACUAGAGGAUCCUCAAUGUAAACUGGACACACUGGGGUUGUUUGAUUGUGGAGUCACAGAUGAAGGUUGUGCUGCUCUGACUUCAGCUCUGAGAUCAAACCCCUCACACCUGAGAGAACUGAAUCUGUCUAAGAAUAAAAUAGGAAAAUCAGUGUCUCUUCUCUCUGAUGUACUACAGGAUCCUCACUGUAAACUGGAGAGACUGUGGUUGAGUAAUUGUGGAGUCACAGAUGAAGGUUGUGCUGCUCUGACUUCAGCUCUGAGAUCAAACCCCUCACACCUGAGAGAACUGAAUCUGUUUGGGAAUAAAAUAGGAAAAUCAGUGAAUCUGCUGUCUGAUGUACUACAGGAUCCUCACUGUAAACUGGAGAUACUGUGGUUGUGGGAUUGUGGAGUCACAGAUGAAGGUUGUGCUGCUCUGGCUUCAGCUCUGAGAUCAAACCCCUCACACCUGAGAGAACUGAAUCUGGCUGGGAAUAAAAUAGGAAAUUCAGUGAAUCUGCUGUCUGAUGUACUGAAGGAUCCUCACUGUAAACUGGAGAAACUGUGUUUGAAUGAUUGUGGAAUCACAGAUGAAGGUUGUGCUGCUCUGACUUCAGCUCUGAGAUCAAACCCCUCACACCUGAGAGUACUGAGUCUGUCUGAGAAUAAAAUAGGAAAAUCAGUGAAUCUGCUGUCUGAUGUACUACAGGAUCCUCACUGUAAACUGGAGAGACUGCAGUUGAAUAGAUGUGAGAUCACAGAUGAAGGUUGUGCUGCUCUGACUUCAGCUCUGAGAUCAAACCCCUCACACCUGAGAGGACUGGAUCUGUCUGGGAAUAAAAUAGGAGAUUCUUUGUCUCUUCUCUCUGCUGUACUGGAGGAUCCUCACUGUAAACUGGAGAUACUGUGGUUGAAUGAUUGUGGAGUCACAGAUGAAGGUUGUGCUGUUCUGGCUUCAGCUCUGAGAUCAAACCCCUCACACCUGACAGAACUGGAUCUGAUUGUGAAUAAUCUAGGACAAUCAGGAGUGAAGUUGCUCUCUGAUCUGAAGGAUGAUCCAAAUAAUAAACUGGAGACAUUAUACUAUUGACUCUCAGUAUUUAGACGUCAGUCCAGUUUCCUCCGGAUCAGCUGAUGGUGAAUAAGGAGCUACAGAGACUGAAGACACAGACACACAGCGAUCACACUGACAUGAGUGUGACUUUACAUCAGUUUCUGUUUUUAUAGUAAUGACUCAUGAAAAUGAGUGCUGAAAAUAGCUAAUUUGAAUUGUUUCAGAUUUAUUAGAUAUUGAUUACAAUGUAGAUGGUGUCACACUCAAAAUACACUGAAAAUGACUGAAGCAAAGUAAAAAAAACAAGCCAUAGACAAUAGAUUUAUUGUGCAAUACAGACACAGUUUUACUAAGAGUCUGGGACUACAGAGGAGACGGAUGUUGUAAAUUUGUUUACCAGCAGAGGGCGACAAAGAUUAUGCACAUAAUUUCACUGCACAUUUAUUUCUAAAUAUGUUUAUUAUUACUGUAUAUGAUGAUCUAUUAUACUUUUCAUCUAAAUCUUCACAUUCUUUUACUGGUUUCUUGUUUUUUCUCCUGCCUCUGAACACAGUUAAUUAAUUGCUAUAUGUUGACACUUAUUCCUUUUGAUGGAAAGUGUUUCUAAAGACAACAACAAAAAGCAGUGAUAUGACAGUCACUCUUGCUUAAGUCUUCACUUCAUAACUGCCUUCUGUCAAAAAACUGACCAGGAAUUAUGAAAUUAAAUGAAAUAAUUUUAUUGUC